CCCACCACGGCAUUGCGAAUAGCGUUCAGAUAGAUUGGGGCUUGUGAAGCGACCCAGCAUUCCAGUCCAGCAUCUAGGGCUGUUCCUUUGCGCAAGUAGAUGGCGCACUCUCUGGUUUUGUUUCAUGGGUUUCAGCACAUGCACGCACGCAGUCUUAAGCGCGGACGCAGGGCCAUCACGCAACCGUUGUACAUGUUCUUCUACGAAUGUGCUGCAGCACAGCGCAGAUGGCCCCCUUUGGGCGAGUGAAUGAGUCGGUGCUGAAUGGACUACGCUGCUAGUGCUGGUGUUGACAAGAUGGGUUCGAGCAGCAACCACCACAAUAAACAACAAACAACAACAAUGUCCGGCAAAGGCACCGCGCAGUGCGAUGCCGUCUGCUUCGUCUCAAAGUUCAGACAUACGUGGUAUUAUUAUUAAUAGAAGGAAGGUUGAUUAUGUACUGGUACUUCUUGGAUCAUGGGGGACGUGGAGAAGCAGAGCGCGAGAGCGGACAGAAAGAGAAAGAUUUACGCGGGAAUGGUGUUUGCAUUGAUUGUUUCCCCGUUUCUCUUGCCGUGCGCAUUAACCCUCAUCUUAUCAUAACACGGCAUCAAGUAUGGUGAGCCAUAUCAGCUUACGCUGGACGGUUGAGCUCCAAAAGUUCAGGGUUGCGUUUCAGGGCAUCGUUAGUUCCGUCUCAUGUUGCCGUCCCCGGCGUCCCCUGAACUUGGUGUGCCAACCAGCCGAGUUAUGUCAUCCCACGAGUUCCAGCUGUCGCCAUGCCCAGAUGGUACGGCCUGAUACACCACAAGCUCCGUUUUAUUCGUUCCAUACAAGGGACAAUAGCAAGUCUUCGCGCCCAUCGUUGCCUGAUUGGCCGACGCCACACCCCGUUGCCGCACUCUUGAUCAUCGUUCAUUCAUUGAGAAGCCUAUUUUGUUUCAACUGAGCGACUGACUUUGUUUCUUCACGCUCCGUUGCCUCCGUCCUCUGCGCCCUCGCCUUCAGGAGCAUCCCCAACCGACCGUUGUUUCUCUAAAAGCUCCCCUCUUCCGUCCCAACGCCUUGCACCUCUCCCGCGCUCCCCCCGACCAAGCCAGCUCCACCACCGGCCUCCAUCACCACUCUCCGCGCCGCUUACUUGCCCACGCCCUGACCUCGCCGAGACAGCUUCACUCUUACAAGCCCCGUGCAAGAACCACUCAUCUUUGAUCUCGCCUUGCUCGCUUUCAUCUGCCGUCGACCAUCAGCUAGUUGUUCGUAGUUCGUCUGCCUGCUACUGCUGCUGCUACCACGCCUUGGCCCCUCCACCACGUACCCACCGCUGCUGUGCGACCCAGACGGGUGCGGUACAAGAACUAUUCAACAUCACAGCAUCCGCCUGCUUUCUUCGCCGUCAUCCUGCACUUUGUCCUCCACCUUACACCUAAUCCGACAAUGCGUGCUUGAUACAUCUUAAUCAUACCAGUGUGACAGCCAUAUCGACAUCAGUACACCAGCGGCCAAGCGCCCCUUAGCAUCUAUUCUACAGCUUAGAUACGAUACCCUACAUACCUCACAACCCCUCCCAAUGGCCAUGCUCGCCUCGAAACCGGCAUACGUGCCCCCUUCAAUCACCACCUCUUCGUCCCAAAGUACCAAUCAGUACAAUUCAAGCGCCCAGAGCUACCGUACUCAUGGCUCGUCCUCCCGCACCGAGACGUCUCUUUACGCUUCUCCCACCGAGUCUGAAUUCUCCGAGGCCUACGAUGCCCCAGAUGCUAUAAGGCGCUGGGAUGAGGAAAAAGUCGGAGAAUGGUUGAAACGAAUCAAUUGUGGACAAUACGCGGAGCUUUUCAAACAAAACAAUAUCAAUGGCGAAAACCUCAUGGAAAUGGACCAAACCCAUCUCAAAGAUAUGGGUAUCAAGAAGGUUGGCGACCGUGUCCGCAUCGGCUCGCAAGCAAAACAGCUUCGAAACAAAGAGUACAAGAAGGCAUCUCGGCGAGCAUCAAACAGGCAAUCUUUGGCCGUGCUAGAUAAUCCCGCUUUCACCCCUCCGUCAUCGUCUGGUUCACCUCGUCCACUUCACUCUGCUCGUUCCAUACCCUCCAGCACGCGUACCGAGAAGCGAUUGUCUCGUCAAAUUCCAAACUCCGAAUUCAACUACUCAUACGCUGCCACUAGAGAACCUUCGCGCCCCAGCUCCCCCAUGGUCGAUCAGGAGAAUCGUGGUAUACGGACACAACGAUACAAUGGCAUGAACAGCCCUAAAGACGCCAGCAAGAAGGACUUGACGUCUACAUAUGCCAACCCACCGUACAGUGCAUCCAGCAGUGUAGCAAACUCCUCUCGUUUCGGUGCGCCCCAACGGACCACCCCAACUGAAACGCCUCAAACAGCUCGAUUUGCUCAGCACACUCGAGGCGCCCCAAGUAUGGACGCCACCAACAGCGCGAUACUACCUUCGGACAAACCGUGGAUUCGAGUCAUCUUCGAUACGGGCCGUUCUUCAGUCGUCAACAUCGAAGGAUGCAAAUCGGCCGACGAGAUUAUGCUCAAGACGCUGCGCAAGGGGCAGCUGAACGAAGCACACGUGAAGAAUUAUUGCUUCUACGUACUUGACGGUGCUGAUCCAAACCCCUCCAAAUGUUACCGUUUAAGUGACAUCGAGCUGUUCCGAUUGUGCAAAGAUGCGAACCGCAAUGAAAGAGGGCGUCUUAUUCUCCGCAAGAUUCACACCGGGGAGCCGGAAGAGGAUCAGUUGAUAACUGCCGCCGGCAUCUUCCAGCAGCAAGGCAUCCAACAAACACAGAACAUAUUCGUCCCUACCAGUGAAAGAAGCAAGGACAAGAUCCAGAAGAUUACUGGAGAGUCCCUUGCUGCCGUUAGCUAUCCUCUGUCGCCCUCGUCCGAAAGAGAAAGAGAACGACAUAUACAUUCCACGGCCAAAGACCUCGAAGGCCCUGCAAGAUCGCCCCAGUUCAUCACCAAAGCUCGUAAACUUAAACAGUUCUAUGGAGCCCGACCGCCCAGCGAGCUCAUCACAUCGGAUCUCACCUCCUACUUUCCUGAUGUCGAAAAGGAUGAGAUCGAUAAGACAAUCAGAAUGUCUAUUCGCCGGUCCAGAAGGCUCAGUCGAGCGGCAUCGCGUCUCUCUAUGGCGUCCAACUUUAGUGUUGCUUCAAGUUUGAAGGAUGCUCCCCCUCUUCCAUCAAUCGCGGACAACUGGCUCCAGGGCGGCAAUCAAGCUCGACCAUUACGACCACUCUCGGUCAUGAGACUUGGACUCCCUCAAGCUGGAUACCGCGAUUCAGUGGCUUCCUCUGUUCUCGAGCCAUUGGAGGAAGAGUCCCCCCUCGAACCCAACAGAAAAUCUUACGUAUCCUUUGGUGGAGACAGUAAUGCUGACAAUGUCUCCAUCACCGACCCUGAGGGUCACACCACCAUGCAAUCAUAUUUCGAUGAUGGGGGUAGCAGUCUUGCCGGUAGCAGUGCUGGCAACACGGAGAACGGAGAUUCGCUAAACAAGCGUCUGUCAGCAGCCAUCGCAGAGGACGGGGAAGAGUUUGAUGACGAGCUCAAUGACUAUCUCGAGCAAGACUCCUGGGAGAACGUCAAAUACAUGAAGGGUGCCUUGAUCGGCCAGGGUUCCUUCGGAAGUGUCUAUUUGGCCCUCCACGCUGUCACGGGAGAACUGAUGGCUGUCAAACAAGUGGAGCUUCCCUCGGCCUCAGGCGCCUCGCAGAGAGAUCAAAGAAAGACGAACAUGGUGGAGGCAUUGAAACACGAAAUUGGCCUUCUGAGGGAUUUGAAGCACAAGAACAUUGUGCAGUACCUGGGAUCCAACUCGGACGAAAACCAUCUCAACAUUUUCUUGGAGUAUGUGCCUGGUGGCUCUGUUGCCACUAUGUUGGUCAACUACGGGCCACUGGGCGAGUCUCUCAUCCAAAACUUUGUCCGCCAAAUCUUACAGGGUCUGUCAUACCUCCACUCGAGGGACAUUAUCCAUCGAGACAUCAAGGGAGCCAACAUCCUUGUUGACAAUAAGGGAUCUGUCAAGAUUUCUGAUUUCGGAAUCUCCAAACGUGUGGAAACAUCCACUCUUGUCAACGGCAAAAAGGACAACCAACGCGUCUCUCUCCAGGGUUCGGUUUUCUGGAUGGCCCCAGAAGUUGUGAGACAAACCGCAUACACUCGCAAAGCCGAUAUUUGGUCCUUGGGUUGUCUCAUCGUAGAGAUGUUUACAGGCAGCCACCCACACCCUAAUCUGUCUCAACUCCAAGCUAUCUUCAAGAUCGGGAAAAGCCCGAAUGCUAGCCCUCCCAUGCCUGAUACUGCUGGCGAGGAUGCUCGCGCUUUCUUAGCACAGACAUUCCUGAUCGAUCAUGAGGCACGCCCUAGUGCUGACAACUUGCUUGCCAGUCCUUUCUGUACCAACCAAGCCGAGUAG